AUGUCAGCCAGAAAGGGCUAUCUUCUCCCUUCGCCAAAAUACACCACAAUAAUGUCAUGUUCGGACAGCCCGUCAGGAAAUGCCUUUUUAGUGGAUUCUCUGAUCAGUGGCCGCACGGACAGCGGCGGAGGUCACUACACCGGGACGGCGGUGUGCGUGCCUCAUAGCACUGCUACAGAAGUGCCUUACGGACUACCCAACUAUGGAUACUUCCCAGGUAUGGGUAAGCGGAGCGAGCUGGGCGCCCAGAAUAUGGUUUCAGCCUCAGGUGCGUACAUGUCCAGCAUGGAGAUGUGGAUGGACGCGCAGAGGUCAUGUCGAAUGGAUCAAGAGCACCCGGUAGGUCCCCAGGUCGCGCCCUGCUCGUUCCCGCAGAACAUUAAGGAAGAGAGCACCUACUGUCUGUACGAGCAGCCGAAGUGCCCUAAAGCCUCAACCGCCGAAGAUCUGACCUAUUCGAGAUUGACUUCAGCCGGACUCGGCUCGAGUUCUUGUACAGUUACUGAUGGCGGCGGCGGGGGCUCAGUGCCUGUGCCGGGCUACUUCCGCUUGUCUCAGACGCACGCACAUUCUCAUAAACUUUACAACACCAACGGCCCCCAACCGAACCCUUCCCAUUCCCAUUUUGGCUUACACCCCACUGCUACUGCUCGUUUCCACACGCCACCAACCUCGACUGCUGCUCCAGCCACGGCGCUGGAAGAACGGAGAACCGAGGAGCCCGUGUCCUCGGCGAAAGCAGACGUGCAGCCUCACGCUGCACCGGGGGCCGAGGAGACAAGAGAGUCCUCGGAUGCAGAGGCGUCCUCAGCAGACGAGGCGGAGGUGAAUGACAAAGAGAGACCAGCAAAGACCACUAAAGGAGACAAAAAAAGUGAAAACGUGGCCAACUGGCUGACGGCGAAGAGUGGCCGGAAGAAACGCUGCCCAUACACCAAGCACCAGACACUGGAGCUGGAGAAAGAGUUCCUCUUCAACAUGUACCUGACCCGAGAGCGCCGCCUAGAGAUCAGUAAAGGCGUCCACCUGUCGGACAGACAGGUUAAAAUCUGGUUCCAGAACCGCAGGAUGAAAUUGAAGAAAAUGACGCGGGAGAACCGUAUCCGGGAGCUCACCUCCAACUACGGAUUUUCGUGAUGAACCAAGAACGUGAUCACACUGAAGCAGAGGCAAGAAUUGGUGAAAUCCCAAAACACCCCCCCCCCCCCAAAAAAAAACUCCAUCACCACUUGUCCACAUGACUCGUUUUGUACUGUGGGGUUACAACUUUCUUUUUUCCCCCAGACACGCGUAAUGUCAGUGCAUCGUCCUCUGUGAGCUACUGAGAAAAGACAAAUGGUUAAAAAAAUGUAAGAGGUACCAUCUGAUUGUUUUCUGAUGUUGUGUUAUUUUGUUUCGUCGACACGUAUCUGUCACUUCUGUCGUAUGUUUGGAUUGUGUCGUCAGUGGAAUUGAAUCUAUGCAGUUGAACCACACACACACACACAGACACACACACACAUGUACACACACGCACACACACACACACACACACAAGUACACACUGUGGAAGUGUUUGAUUUGUCCACUUUCUCCCCCACCACUGAACAAUAACAUUUUCCCCCAAUUUAAGUCAAACAAUUAUGAAUUUAUUUUAUUUUAAUUGGAAUUGCAUGAUAUAAAUAUACCUUAUUAUUUUGAGAAUUUAUUUUGAACCACUCUGGAAUAUAAUACCCAUGUAUCACCCAGGAAAGAGUAAUUCAUUAUGGCCAUUAGAUGUAGUCCACCAUGAUAUAGAACUAUUCUACGUAUGAGCUAAAUGUAUAAACUGAAUCUUUAAUCACUUUGACGUUUACACACAAAAAACGGUGCGUAAAGUGAAGGAGAACUGUUUUUACUGUAUAUAUCUGUGUACAUAUGACAUCGUGUUUUUGUGUAAUGCUUAAUAAAUUAUCAG